CUUCUUCUUCUCCUCCUCCUGCUUCUCUCCCUCUCCUCGGCAAUCUCACUCCUCGCUGCCCUUAUAUUUUUUUUCUCUCUCUCUCUCUAUCUCUAUUCCCAUUUUGCCCCUCCAACGGAUACAUCGAUAAUAGAAGAGAGAUAGUGACUCCGGGGAAAGGGAAGGGGGAGAAAGGGGAACAAAAAGAGAGAGAGAAGAGUUUGAGUGUGUGCGAGUGGGGGAGAGAGUGUUUGAGGGUGGUACCUGUGAGAAGGGAGGGGAGGGGGUUUAUUUGGUUGCCGAGAAGAGGGGGAAAAUAAUAAGAAGAAAAGAAGGGGAUUUUUAUUUUAUUUUCAUCUGGUGAGGGAUUUUUUUCUUUUUUUUUUCUUCUUUUCUUCUUCUUCUUGUUUGAGGGAGGGGAAGAGAGGAGAAGAAGGGAAAGAAGAGGGGCCAUGGCGGCGCACGUUAGCGUGAACCAUGGCUUGCUGGCGCUGUUACUGGUGCUGAUCUGCUUAUCGUGCGCCGAGGGUGCGGUGCGGGUCGCGAGGCAGCGGCUGGAGGUGCGGCGCCACCUGAAGCGAUUCAAUAAACCCGCCGUCAAGAGCAUCAAGAGCCCAGAUGGAGAUAUCAUAGACUGUGUCCAUGUCUCUCAUCAGCCAGCGUUUGAUCAUCCUUUCCUCAAAAACCACACUAUCCAGAUGAGGCCAGCUUUCCACCCAUUAGGCCUAUAUGAUGAGAACAAGAUGGCAUCAAAGAAGAAAACUAGCUCCAUAGCUCAGCUUUGGCAUCAAAAUGGGAGGUGCCCUGAGGACACCAUCCCCAUUAGGAGGACCAAGAGGGAUGAUGUGCUGAGGGCCAGCUCUGUCAAAAGGUAUGGGAAGAAGAGUCACAGGACUGUACCGAAUCCCACCUCUGUAGACCCUGACCUUCUCAACGAGAGUGGCCAUCAGCAUGCAAUUGCUUAUGUAGAGGGAGAUAAGUACUAUGGAGCGAAGGCGACCAUAAAUGUAUGGGAGCCAAAGAUCCAACAGUCGAAUGAGUUCAGCUUGUCUCAGCUCUGGAUUCUUGGGGGUUCCUUUGGAGAAGAUCUCAAUAGCAUUGAAGCAGGUUGGCAGGUCAGUCCAGAUCUAUAUGGAGAUAAUAACACAAGGCUAUUUACUUACUGGACUAGUGAUGCUUAUCAAGCAACAGGCUGCUACAACCUACUCUGCUCUGGGUUCAUUCAAAUCAACAGGGAGAUAGCAAUGGGUGCCAGCAUCUACCCAAUUUCUGGCUAUGGUGGUUCCCAAUACGAUAUCAGUAUACUUGUCUGGAAGGAUCCAAAAGAGGGGAAUUGGUGGAUGCAGUUUGGGAAUGACUAUGUGUUGGGCUACUGGCCUUCCUUCUUGUUCUCUUAUUUGGCAGACACUGCCUCAAUGAUAGAAUGGGGAGGCGAGGUUGUGAACUCGCAACCAGAUGGUGAGCACACAUCGACGGAGAUGGGCAGCGGCCAUUUCCCGGAAGAAGGUUUUGGCAAGGCAAGCUACUUCAGAAACAUUCAGAUAGUCGAUGAGUCCAACAAUCUCAAAGCUCCCAAAGGGGUUGGCACCUUCACCGAGCAAUCGAACUGCUACGAUGUGCAGAAUGGCAACAAUGGCGAUUGGGGAAAUUACUUCUACUAUGGGGGUCCUGGUAGAAAUUCCAACUGUCCAUAGAAGAUCUUAGCUUUUCAUAAUCUCCUCCCUUUAUAUUCCCCUUGUACCACUCAAUGUAAUACACUCCUUUUAAUCCUAGGCAGUGGUGACGUGCAUUGUUCUCUUCCUCAGAGAUUUUGUGUUGGCUCCCCCCCCCCCCAACCUUUUUUUCCUCUCUCUUUUGUACCUACUCUCCUUGUAAAAGGUUGGAGAGAUGGAGGUCAAGUUUCUUAAGAGAAACAGGCCCGUGGUGUAGUCCCGUUAUGUAAUUGUUUCUUUUGUCUUUUGAUCCUCUCUUGGUGUCAUUUGUCCAGUUAUCUUAAUGGAUUGAUGAGAUUCUGAUA